AGAACACUCCGUAUCCGGUAUGAAUAGGUAGAUGUAUUGGCUAGUUUUACAUAAAUAUUUGUUCUUUCUUUUCAUUCUUUGUAAAGACAAAGACGCUGAGAGCUGGAGGGUGAAAAAGAUACCUUGGGGAAUAAAUCUAAGUCUCUGCAGUUGCAGCAGCGGCAGAAGCAGAGGCGGUAGCGGCAGCGGCAGCAGCAGCAGUCCCAGCGACAGCCCCAGCUACAGCAGCAGCCCAGAAGCAACAACAGCCCCAGCCACAGCCGCAACCGCCCUAGCAGCCAGAGCCGCAGCCGCCCCAGCAAGAGCAGCGGCCCCAGCCCCGGCAACAACCCCAGCAACAGCGGCCCCGGCUGCGGCCCUGGCAGCGGCAGCGGAGGCAGAGUCGGCUCCAGCGGCACCAGAGGCUCCCAGGCUGGGGGCCCAGGGCCGGGAUCUCUGCCGGAGGAGGAAAACCCGGGUUCCGGGGGCCGAGCUCCGGCGGGGCCUGAAGACCUCCAGGGACCGCCCGGCAGGGUAGGGCGCGCGGACCCCCGAGGCCCGCGGCGGGCUAAGAGCGACCGGCUGGGCGGCGCAGCGGCCUAGCCCGGGCCGCGGAAGGCGGGGGGCCUCGGGAGGAGGC